AUGUGUGAUGAGAUUGCUCAUAUGUGUGGUGAGGUUAUUUAUUUGUGUGGUGAUACUGCACAUAUGUGUGAUGAGAUUACUUAUACGUGUGGUGGGACUAGUCAUAUGUGUUGUGAGAAUGCACAUAUGUGUGGUGAGAUUGCAUAUGUGUGUGGUGGGACUGCUCACAAGUGUGGUGAGACUGCUUAUAUGUGUGGUGAGACUGGUCAUAUGUGUGGUACGACUGCUCAUAUGUGUGGUGAGACUGCUCAUAUGUGUGGUGAGACUGCUCAUAUGUGUGGUUCGACUGCUAAUAUGUGUGGUGAGACUGCUCAUAUGUGUGGUGAGACUGCAUAUAUGUGUGGUGAGACUGCAUAUAUGUGUGGUGAGAAUACUCAUAUGUGUGACGAGACUGCACAUAUAUGUGGUUGGAUUGCUCAAUUGUGCCACUGA